UCAAUCUCUGGCCUGCAUUUUUGCCCAAGGAGCGGGGAGAGGGUAGGAAAGGGGCUGGACGGCCCUGGACUGCGGGUUCCCUAACUUUCCGCUUGGCCCCGCAGUCUGCGAGAGCAUGGACAUCCGCGUGGAUCCCGCGCAGCUGCGCCGCCUGGAGAACUGCUCGGUCAUCGAGGGCAGCCUGCAGAUCCUGCUGAUGUUCACGGCCGCCAGCGAGGACUUCCGCUCGCUGGCCUUCCCGCGCCUGGUGCUCAUCACCGAGUACCUGCUGCUCUUCCGCGUCUACGGGCUGGAGAGCCUGCGCGACCUCUUCCCACGCCUGGCCGUCAUCCGCGGGGCCAGCCUCUUCUUCAGCUACGCCCUGGUCAUCUUCGAGAUGCCGCACCUGCGCGACAUCGGCCUGCGCAGCCUGACCAACGUGCUCAACGGCUCGGUCAGGAUCGAGCGCAACCAGGAGCUCUGCCACAUCUCCACCAUCGACUGGGCGCUUCUGCAGCCGCCGCCGGCGCUCGAGCACAACAUCAUCCUGCACAACAAGCCGGCCGAGGAGUGCGCUGACGUCUGCCCGGGCAUCCUGGGCGGGGAGGAGCCCUGCGUGCAGACCCCCGCCGGCCUGGCCGGAGCCUUGGAGUACCGCUGCUGGACGUCCAGCAACUGCCAGAAAGUGUGUCCGUGCAAAGGCGCCGCUUGUACAAGCAAGGACGAAUGCUGCCACCCGGAAUGCCUGGGGGGCUGCAGCCGUCCCGGGGACCCCCAGGCCUGCGUGGCCUGCCGCCACUUCUACUUCAACGGGCGCUGCCUCAGCUCCUGCCCGGACCUCACCUACGAGUACGAGCAGUGGCGCUGCGUGACGGCGGAGCACUGCGGCAGCCUGCGCAAGGUCUCCGAAAACCUCCGGGACUCCUCCAGGUUUGUCAUCCACCAGAGGCAGUGCGUGGCCGAGUGUCCCCCGGGCUUCCAGAAGAACGAGAGCAGCCUCGUCUGCCAUGAGUGCCAGGGCCUGUGCCCCAAGGAGUGCAAAGUGGGCACCAAAACCAUUGACUCCACCCGGGCGGCCCGGGACCUGGCCGGCUGCACCCUUAUCGAAGGGAACCUGAUUGUGAACAUCCGCCGGGGCGAAAAUCUGGCCUCCACUUUGCAAAGCAGCCUCGGCCUGAUUGAGACCAUCACGGGGUUCCUGAAGAUCCGGCACUCCUUCGCUCUCAUCUCCCUGAGUUUCUUCAGGAACCUCAAACUGAUCCGGGGAGACUCCAUGGUGGACGGGAACUACACCCUGUACGUGCUGGACAACCAGAACUUGCAGCAGUUGUGGGACUGGAGCCAGCACCGCCUGUCCAUCCCGGUGGGGAAGGUGUAUUUUGCCUUUAACCCCAAGCUGUGUCUCUCGGAGAUCUUUCGGAUGGAGGAGGUCACGGGGACCAAGGGCAGGCAGAACAAGGCGGAGAUCAACCCCCGGACGAACGGGGAUCAAGCCUCUUGCAAGACCCAAACGCUCCGCUUUGUGUCCAACACCACCGAGUCGGACCGUAUUGUGCUCAAGUGGGAGCGCUACCAGUCUCCCGAGUCCCCGGACCUCCUCAGCUUCAUUGUCUACUACAAGGAAUCCCCCGUCCAGGACGUGAGCGAGUAUGUCGGGCAGGACACCUGUGGGGCCAACAGCUGGAACCUGGUGGACGUGGAGCUUCCCCUCAGCCACGACCAGGAGCCGGGCGUCACUCUGCAGAAUCUGAAGCCGUGGACGCAGUACGCCAUUGCCGUGCGGGCCAUCAGCCUCACCACCGCCGAGGAGAGGCGCAACUUCGGGGCCCAGAGCGAGGUGGUCUACGUCCGCACCCUGCCUGCAGUGCCCACGGUGCCCAGGGACGUCAUCUCCAUGUCCAACUCUUCCUCCCACCUGAUCGUCCGGUGGAAGCCGCCCUCCCAGCCCAACGGCAACCUCAGCUACUAUCUGGUGCUGUGGCAGCAGCUGGCCGAGGACUCGGAGCUCUUUGCCAAUGACUAUUGCCACAAAGGGCUCCGUCUGCCCACCAGCAGCGCAGACACCCGCUUCGACACCAGCGACAGCGAGGAGCGCGAGGACACUGCCGACCAGCAGUGCUGCCCCUGCCACAGCCCCGUCGGGCAGAGCCAGCCCAACGUGGAAACCGUGUCUUUCCAGAAGAAGUUUGAGAACUUCCUCCAUAAUUCCAUCAUCCUGCCCAGACCCCCUUGGAAAGUCACCUCCAUCAACAAGAUCUCUUCUUACCGGACCCCCAAGAGGCGCAGAGACACCUUUUCCGUGACCGUGGGGAGCCAGGCCUACGCCAAUGCCUCCUGGCCUGCCCUGGGGAGCCCCAGCGACACAGCCGUGGCUCACCAGGCUGAGCUGGACUCUAAGACGGAGAAGGACUUCCGCCUCUUUGAGGAUAAAGUCGUUCGGGAUCGGACAGUCAUCUCCAACCUGCGCCACUUCACCGAGUACCGGAUCGACAUUCACGCCUGCAACCACGCGGCUCAGACCAUGGGGUGCAGUGCCGCCGCCUUUGUCUUUGCUCGGACGAUGCCGGAAGCUCAAGCCGACAACAUCCCUGGGAACUUGACCUGGGAGCCGGCCAGCAAGAACAGCGUCCUCCUCCGCUGGCAGGAGCCGAAGAACCCCAACGGCCUCAUUCUCAAGUACGAGAUCAAGUACAGCCGGGAGAGCGAGAAAGUCAUCUCGGUGCUCUGCGUGUCCCGCCAUCGCUAUGCCCGCUACGGGGGCUACCACCUCGCCCUCCUCCAGCCUGGCAAUUACUCCGCCAGGGUCCGGGCCACCUCCCUGGCAGGAAACGGCUCCUGGACCAGCCUGAUGUCCUUCUACAUCCUCGGGGGAGCAGAGGAAGAGGAACCUGGGAAUUUCUACGUGUUCCUGACACUCACCCCGGUGGUCCUGAUGCUCGGCAUCACCUGCCUGGCCGUCUUCGUCUUCUUGUACAAUAAGAAGAGGAGGGCUGAAGGGUACCCCAGCGGCACGCUGUAUGCCUCGGUCAACCCCGAAUACUUCAGUGCCUCCAACAUGUACGUUCCCGAUGAAUGGGAGGUGCCCCGGGAACGGAUCACCAUCCUGCGAGAGCUGGGCCAGGGAUCCUUCGGGAUGGUCUACGAGGGGAUCGCCAAGGAUCUGGAGCAGGAGGGCGAGGAGACCCAGGUGGCGCUGAAGACCGUCAACGAGCUGGCAUCCAUGCGGGAACGCAUCGAGUUCCUGAACGAGGCCUCUGUCAUGAAAGCCUUUCGCUGCCACCACGUGGUUCGCCUCCUCGGAGUGGUGUCCCAAGGCCAGCCGGCAGUGGUCAUCAUGGAGCUGAUGACGAGGGGAGAUUUGAAAAGCUACCUGCGCUCCCUCCGCCCAGAAGCCGAGAAUAACCCGGGCCUGCCUCCCCCGUCGCUGAAGGACAUGAUCCAGAUGGCCGGAGAGAUUGCCGAUGGCAUGGCCUACCUCAACGCCAAAAAGUUUGUCCACCGAGACCUUGCGGCCCGCAACUGCAUGGUGUCCGAGGACUUCACCGUGAAGAUUGGAGCUUGGCUCGUGUUUGGUCGUCCUCUCAAUGGUGUCUUCCUUUCCAAAGACUUUGGGAUGACCAGGGACAUCUACGAGACGGACUAUUACCGGAAGGGGGGGAAAGGGCUGCUGCCGGUCCGGUGGAUGUCCCCCCAAGCCCUGAAGGACGGGAUCUUCAAUACUCAGUCGGACAUCUGGUCCUUUGGCGUGGUGCUGUGGGAGAUUGCCACCCUGGCGGAGCAGCCCUACCAGGGCAUGUCCAACGAGCAGGUGCUCCAUUUUGUGAUGGACAACGGGGUCUUGGAGAGGCCCGAGAACUGUCCCGACAAGCUACACGACCUGAUGACUUGGUGCUGGCAGCAGAACCCGCGUCUGCGCCCGUCUUUUGUCCAGAUUCUGGAGAGCAUCCAAGAGGACAUGAGCUCCAGCUUCCGUGCUCACGCCUUCUUCUGCAGCCUGGAGAACAAGCACAGCAGCUCUGGGGGCGCUCUGGACCUUGAGACAGACAAGCUGCUGGAGGAGGAGGAGGAGGAGGAGGAGGAGGAGGAGGAGGAGGAGGAAGAGCCCAAGCCAGCAGCCCCAGCCCUGGUCCCCCGGGGCAGCAGCCCCCAGCCCCUCUUCGGCCCUGGCCAGCCCAAUGACUGUUGCCCUCCCAGCAGGAAGCCACGCCUCUGAGGCUGGACCAGCUUGGCAAUGAGGGGGGUCGGACCCCCUCUCGGUCGGGAGUGGGGCCUGUGUCCUAGGUUGCUGGCCCAGUGGCAAAGCACCCCUCAAAUGCCAGGGGCACAGGGAGACUUUUAAGAUGAACUACUUUAUCACUCUUUUUUUGAAAGACAAAGCCGGGGUUGGGGUGGGCAGAGGCUGAUUGGCAUCUGGGCAUGAAAUCCAUCGGCCUGGAUGUGGGCAACGUAUCUCAGGACCAGCAGCCAGAUGGGCUCACUCUCUCCUUCACUCGCCAGGCCGCCAGGUUGGGGAGGGGGGCAGUUUUCAGAAGCGAGGCGGAGAAGGACAAACACCCAAAA